CCACCCCUCCACUUUUUCUGCCAUAAACUUUCGAACUCCACAUUGUUGCCACAGACCCUCCUUUCCUCUAAAACCAGAGCAACGGGAUUGAACCCCGAUACUCUCCAUCUACAGAUUUAGCCAACCGGAUCACGUCCUCCAUCACCAUAACAACGAGCACUGCUUCCUCCUCACGCGGCUCUUCACUUCACCUCGCGGUACUGCCGUCCUUCUUCCUCUCUCCUCCGCCCUCUCCCCUCUCUCUGCACUAAUCCGUCACACCCACCCCUCCUCGGUAUGGAGAAGGUGCAACACAUCACGCGGGCGGCCAUUCGGCGGGCGUCCAUCAUGGAGGUUCCCCAGCAGGCCAAGCAAAACAUGCAGGAGCUCUUCGUCAACUUCUGCCUCAUCCUCAUCUGCCUGCUGCUCAUCUACAUCAUUGUCUUGCUAAUCUCUUUCCACGGCAUGUGAGAGACCAGCGUGAUGUAACCUGCUCAUCCUCCUUUUCACUGGCAAACAAGAAGAACCUCCACUUGGGGCCGAUCACACUCGGGAUACACUUCAACACGGCCGAACAAUCUCCAGGAAUCUCCAUCCCAUCACUAUGGAUCUGAUCAAUAACCGAGGACUAAACCUGCUGCUCAACUUCCUGCUUAUUGUUGUGGCUCUACUGCUCAUGCUGAUCCUGGUCAAGCUCAUGUGACCCGAAAUGGCCAGAAACAAGAAAUAUUGGUAUAAGAGGGGCGUAUGUUUCAGAGACUUCUACUCUCUCCGCCUCUUAAACCAAUUUAAGGUUCCUUACAAGACAUUAGACUGACUUCUAAACUUUUUCUCACUUCAACUACACACCAGAUGAAUCUGUGCAAUAUGAUUGACAGGCAGAGAAUGUUUCUGAUUGGCUAGUUUUCUGAUGUAGGCUUUUCCCCCUUAAAAUUUUUCUUCACUGUCACAGAGAAUUUGUAUUAUUUCUCAGGACACAUAUGUCACUCAUUUUAAAAAAAAAUGCAGAUAGUAGGGACGUUUUGAAAGCCUGGUGUUAAAAAUAUCAGUUUUAACAACUUUAGGCAACUUUAAACUGAUUUCCACUGCAUCGAUUACAAAUAAAUCAAACAUAAUAAAAAAUGCAAAACUUGAUAGUCGAUAAAAAAUGGUUAUACAUUUUUGUUAAAAAAAAAAAAAAAGUGUCACUGCGCCCUCUGGUGGUUGCUACCUCUUACUGCUCAAAAACAACAACAACAUUACAAUUCCAUAACAAUGGGAUUUAGAUUAAAAUGAUAUCUUUUUCUGUGAACAGCAAGUUUGGAUUCAAGUACAUGGUCAAAUGAAUUAAAACUGAAAAUAUAGAUGAGCACUAAAAUCACAUGACAUGCCACUGACAGUGACACUAUUCUUAAAAAUCUGUAUUUUUCCUGCAAAAAAAAAACAAACAAACAAACAAACAAAAAAAGCUGUGGAUGUACUCCUGAUAAGAUGCAUUUCAUAAAUUGAAGGACACAGUCAUGUUUUAAUAAGAAUAUGCACUGGUUUGCCUAUCAUAUAAUCAAUGUACUCUUUAUAUAUUCUUUUCUGCAUUCACUAAGCGCUUGUUAAAAUCUGUGUGAAUAUAUUUAUGAUAUACUUGUACUCAUAAAUGGGAAGGAAUUACUGUGCAGUGCAGGCACUUGAGAAAUAAGACAAUGAAAGCAAGUGCUGCGAAUAAAACAGUUACACUGAUAA